AUGGACUCCAGCUAUAUCACGUAUCAAGGGUAUACUGGUCCGUCUAGAUACCAUGUGAGCCAGGAGACUGAUCCUGAGAUUUGUGAGAUCUCGUAUGAAGAGUGGGCCAGCCAAGAGUCUUAUUCAGAGAUGUACGCGAUAUCGCCUGAGGAAUUUGAGUCAUCAGAGCGUGCGCGGCUAAUCAGAAAACAGGACUCAGAGCUUCCAGCACAGCCUGAUUGGAAAGGGACUGAUCCUGUGAAUCACCAGAUAGACCAAGAGGACUCGGAGUUUGAUGAAAUGAUUUCUCACGGGAUAUUCGAACACCAUGAGUCAUUAUCACGGCCGGAGCCGAGUCAUAAUGACCGAGAGGCUUAUACAGUAGGCGAAAAUUCUUUUCCCGAGAUGCUCUCAUUCUCACAUGAAGAGUGGACGGAGAAGGCGCAGCAGGAGGACCAGCGCCGACGGCUGAUAGAAUACGAGGCGUGGGACUUGCUAUUGCAGGAUCAGACUAAGCUGUCACCGGAAAUGAUCAUUGAAUCAGCAUUUCCAUUGCCUCAGUCCCAAGUGAUACUUCCAUCGAUUCAUUGGAUACUUUCAGGCUCGCGGGGGGCUCCAGUUUGGGGACCAUCGCCUUGA